AAUAAAAUUACAUUUAUUUAACAUUUAUUAGUAUAUUACGAUCUGAAUGAUACAUUUCCGGAGUAAUUUUACAAUUUUGAUAUUUUUUUUAUAAAUUACAUACAUGUAAAAAGAUUUUUACCAACGCGUAACUUCUACCGCACAUUAUUAAUGAUUACCGCAGUGGGGAACCCAAAUGUUAUUAUUAUGCUGUAAAUUUUUCCGGCAUCCCUUUGACUACAAAAUCAAUAAUGUCUGCGCAUAGCAUUGUUCGUAGAUACGCUAGCGUAUAACGCUUUAUUGCCGUGGUCAUUUAAUGUUAUCCUAUGCGUAAAAUUUACAACUUUUAUUACAUAAAACAUUUAAGUAUUAAUUUUUUUUAUAUGAUUAAAACAUAACCUCAAUAUAAAACAUGCAAAAUAUUCGCGCCUGUAAUUGGUAAAAUAAAGUAAUUUCUAAAUUAAAACAUUUUGUUUAUAUUUACUUAAAAUUAUUCUUCUUAAAAAAUUCUAAUGAUAUGGUAAAUAUAAAACGUAUUUUCAUAAACACAAAGUAUAAAUAGAGACAGAUUUGAAGCUCUCGCAAUAACUACUAAAUCACAGUCAUAUUUUUUUAAUUGUCUGUUACUAGAGAUUGUGGUACUACAUCGAUAGAGUAUCGAUAUAUUUUUAUUAAAAUAUUAUUUGUGCACUUUUGUGUCAUAAAUUUGUAAAAAUGAAUAACGAUGCUUUUUAUAUCAUAUACAUUAUUUAUAGGCGCAUUAGAUCUAAAAAUCUGAUGUGUCGUAAAGAGAAAUUUUAUUAGUUAAAUAACAAUUACAUAUAUUUGCUUAUCUCUUCAAAAAAUGUUUAAAAUGAAACUAAACAUAAACUCUAAUUUUCAUUGUACUUUUUGUGCUAUUUUGUUUGAGAAGUCUGAAAUCUGACCACCGUGUUUAUCCGCAUUAUCAUAAAACUAGAAAUAAAAUCAAUUUAGUUUUCGUUACAAGGACAGCGGUCACAUAAUUUUUGUUACGUUACAGUUGUAGUUAUUUUUUACACCAAAUUUAUAUUAAAUUUUAGGUAUUUUACAAAUUAUUAUAUAAUUAUCAAGUAAAAGUUAUAACUUUCAGUUUAAAAUGGUAUGUAACGCUUGUAUUAACGUUGACAUUGCCUAAAUAUAAAAAAAAAAAACAACUGUUCUUUUUUUGAAUUCUACGUGAAUUGCUCGUGCAUUAUAAACGACUAGUCAAUGUGUAUGUAAUGUUUUGAUUUACAUAUUAAUAAUGUGAAGCAGUCAUGGCUAUGCAGUCGAGCUGAGGUCGGACGGCGCUAGCGGUGGUCAGAUCGGUGAAGCUGCGAAAGAUGCGCUGGAUAUUCCCCGUCCCAGUUCUUCUGAUGUCCUGGUUUGGAGUGGACCAAGUAAAAGCAAACUCGUGCAUCAGAACUGCAUUAUGGGCACUAUCUCUCAGCCCCCUUGUUCAGGCGAAAUGCCAAACGCGGUCGAUAUACUGCUACGAGUGCGACAGUUGGACGGACUCGAGGUGCAAGGACCCAUUCAACUACACCGCAUUGCCGCGCGACCAGCCGCCCCUGCAGACCUGUAACGGCUGCUGCGUCAAGAUGGUUCGCUACUCCAAGAGUCCAUACGAAGUGGUGAGACGAACGUGCACAUCACAAUUACAAAUAAAUCUAUUCAUGGUGGACCACGUUUGUAUGAUGGAAAGUACAGGCACUGGUCACAUGUGUUUCUGCGAGGAGGACAUGUGCAAUGCGGCGCCGACUGUCGACGUCGACGCCACGCUGCCGCUGCUCGCACUAACCCUGCUAGCAUGUGCAUGUUGCAGGUGAAGUAGGACGGUAGUGAUGGCCGGUUGUUGUCACCGAUCGAUCUGCGAUACCCCAUAUUGUUGACGAUCGAUUUUAUUCGAAUCGAUACGAUCAUACAAUCGAACCGCGGAAUGCGGGGGUUGACUUUAUUAUAUACUUUUGAAUCGAUGUCGAUAAAUACUUGCGUAUAUCGAUCGACUGACUCAACAAGGCGUUACCUUACUAGCUUAGAUUUAAUUACAUUCUUCGUCCAAUAGUAGAUGUAGAUUUAGCAUUGAAGUGCUUAGUUUUCACAGAUUAUUAAUUGAAUUUCAACCAUGCAUUUUUGAAUUCGGAGAGUUUACAUUUGGAUAAGGUUAUUAUGAGGAUCGAAACAAUAUUUUUUUUAUUGAAAUGUAAUUUGAGUUUCUAUUAAGUUUCGAAUACAAAAUAGUAUUCAUUUGUUUUGACCUUUUGAAAUUUCUUCCAAAAAUUGAAUAUGCACUUUUUUAAAUCUUCCAGCUAUUAUGCGUUUUGAAUAUGCUUUAGAUAAGGUUUUUAUAAAUUAAAAAAAAAAAUAACCUAUAACAACGAUUUGAGUGUGAAAACUAAUCGCUUGAAUUAUUCAUCUAAGAAUUCGUGAUUGACAAAAUUGUCCUAAAUAUGAAACAAAAAAAAAGCUAAUCAAAAUGGAUGAUAUUAAUAAUAGACACUAGCUAGAAUGUACAAUUAAAUUUAAAUUCGAUUUAGCUUGUAAAUAGGAUGCAAUUUAACAUUACAUUAUUAUAUUAAAAAGAAUUUUCUCCACGAAGCCUUUGCGUCAUAAUUGUUUGAGUCAAUCAUAGACUAACAGAAUUGCUCAUAGAUGCACUCUUACGAAUAGAAGUUGGGCACUUAGAUAGAAAGAAUACGAAAUGAAAACUAGCGAGAACUGCCGAGUAACAUAGAAAGGAAAAUUAGGUAUUAGUAACAAGAUAUAUCGGUUGAAAACCGUAUUUAAAGAUUGUUUGGCGAAUAUUACUAAGUUUAAAAUAGAUUUUAAUGAACCAUUUUUAUAAAAUGCAAAUUUAACAAUAAUUUGUUUAUAGAGAAUGGUUUAACUAAAUAAUUCGUUUAUUAUAAAUUUGUGAUAUAGUUUAUUCGUUGAUUAUUGUUGUAGAUAGUAUAAAUUUAUAUUUAAUUUCAUUGCGUCGUUAAAAUCAAAACUAACAAUAACGUACAAAAUAUAUUAUUACGUAACAAACGUUUUCAAUGAAAAAUUAACGCUUAUAAAGACAAAUUAUGAAUUUCAUAGCAAUAGUUUUAAAACAUUUGAAAUACGUAGAGAGCAUUAAUCCAAAGUGCAAAGAUGAAAUUUCUUAUGACAUAAAUGUAAUGAUAAAUAUGUUAUAAAAUAUAAAUAAUAAUGAACUUAAACAUUGAAAUUGCUGCAACAUGUGGUAAGACUGGUAAAUGUAUUAGUUCCGCUAGAUUUGCAACUUUCAAUACUGCCACAAAUUGUCAACUAGAACCCAACUAACUCGUGAGCAAGCGAUAGACCAAAUUGAAAAUCAACUUGACUUAUUUUUCGUGAUAUUUGUCAUAAAAAUACAGUCAAUAAUGAAAUAUUUACAAAAUUAAUCCAGAAUUAUUUGCAAUUACUAGAGAAAAAUUCAAUUCCUGUAGAUUUUUAUAACGCCGUGUGCACAUUGCCUUAAUAUUUUCAAAGUUAACGUUAUUAAUCAUAAUAGUGUUUAUAGAGAAAACGAAAUGCCUUAAAUUGGUGUUAAUUUAAAUCAAUCAACAAAAAUAAUAGACCAAUAGCGGUAUUAAACAAUAACAAGUCUUUUGUUAUGCUUUUGAGCAUUAUUCUAGAUAUAAUAAGCCAAUGAAGACAACUUAUAAUUAUUGUGUGUAUAAACAUCUGUGUGCGUCUACUCUAUGAUGUAACCGCGGAUUUCCACUGUAGAUAAAAAUAACGGCAUUUCAUUCGUUCCUAACUAUUCUGGAAUAAAAUAUAUUGUUUCGGCAGUGGAAAAAACUAUUACAUAUAUUUAUACACAUUUCAAUUACAGAUGUUUUAAGUAUAGGGGUGACCCAAAUGAUAUCGAAAGUGCAGUUAGGUUAUGCGUCAAUAGAUGUAAGUGUAUUAAAUGAUGCUAGAUAUUAGAGUUUGCGUAAAAGUGACCUCGUAAAUUUAAUUAUUUAAUAGGAAAGUUGACACCAAAUAAUAUUAAAAUAUUUAAUAAUAUAGUACGAUUAAUUUUAAAUAUAAUCAGAUUUUUAUUUCAAUUCGAAGGUUAGUGGGCGGGAAACUUUGACAAAAUGUGAGUUUUGCACAUUUGUUACUUUUUGGUACAGAUAAAAUAUCUGGAACAUUAGUUUUAGUUAUUAUUUUUUAAUCGCUGUUGUAAUGAAAUACAACGUGCAAUAUAUUAAGACGUUUAUAUAAAAUGUAAUUUUAUAAAAAAAAAUAAGAAAAUCACAAAUAUUAGUAGGUAUAAAACAAUUUCUUCGCGUGAAAGUUCAAUAAUCUUAUAGUCUUCGAUUUGAAAUAAGUGUAUAGUUAAUAAAUCUAAAAACUAUUCGUGUUUCGCUAGAUUUUCUUUCGAUUAACAUAAAUAAUUACUAUUAAAACGUUCAGAUUCAAAUGUGUAUUUUUCUUUACGAAGCAAAGGAUAAUUUACAUUAAAUUAUUAUUGUACUAUAAUAUUAAUUUCCUUCUUUAAUGUAAUAUUUAAAUCAUACCAUCACUCAUUGCAUGUAUUUAAUGGAACUUUUAAAGUGGUUUAAGCCUAGCAUGCUAGCUAAAGCACUGUUGAGCCAGACACUCAGCUUACGUCACUAAGGAAUGGCGGAAUGCAAAAAAUACAUGGAAUUCGAGAUAGAUGUUGAAAUAUUAAAAAUAAUUUCGGUUGACAUAAAGAUGUGAGAUCUAUGCCAGUGUGGAUGUAUGAAUAAAUGACCUUUGUCUUUUAGAGAUUCAAUAUUUGACAUUUAAAAAUGGCGCGCUUCUGGCAAAGAGUAUAAAACUAAAGAUACACAUUUCCAUUUGCAUCUGGCAUAGAUUCGACGUCCGUGUACACCUUUUAUAGCUUUGUUUUACUGUUUAUGAUAGCUAACUUGAAUUGUAAAAUUAUAACUAGAAUUUAUAACUGAUGCUGUUAAUACUACAUAUAGUUAAGAAUGAAUAACUUUUUAUCUUAUCGCUUUAAUUUUAAUCUACGAUUAUUUAGUACUAUUGUAAAAUGCAACUGUGUUGAAGUAUAUUUUUAUUUUAAAUAGAUUUCAAAUAUUCAUUUUAAAUUAUUUAAAUACAAUAACUAUAAUAUUAUGACAUCAUGCCUUACUUAAAAUAAAUAUUAAAAGAUAUAUUUCAACACUUUAGUUAAGCACUAAGUAAUGAUGAAUUUCCUUCACUUUUCUAAUAACAUAUCACGCAUAUUUAGAAGGGAUAUAGUUCUGGUAUUGGGUAUGAUCAAUUAGUGAUAGUUUACAUAUCUGAUAAAACUCUCUCACAGAUUAACGAUGGCUUUCCCUUAUCACCUCAAUUAAAUUUAAUUGGUGACUAAGCGAGGCCUUUAGUGUAGCUUAUUCUAUAACAGACUUACAAAUAAACGCGGUAUAAAGUUAAACUUAGGAAUAAACUGAGUAUAAGCAUAUAUUAGCACAAAUUUUGCUUCUAUUUAGUUUAUUCCGAAGUUCAACUUUAUACCGCGAUUAUUUGUAAAGUUGUUAAUCUAUACUGAAGGACCAUUUUAGUGACCAUUGAAUAACUACGAGUGCAGUACAAACUUGUUUCCAGAAUAUUCUUCUAUUUAUGAAAUAACGAAUAAAUGCGAAUAGGGGUAGAAUACACCUAUUUAGUUGCAAAAAAACGACUGAAUGUGCUGAUUUACAGCGAAUACAAAUUAUAUACGAGUGAUAUUUUAUAAUUUUCAAUAUAACAAAUUUAUAUUUUUAAUAGUUAAUUAUUAUUUUAUUUAUUCACGUUUUGAUGGCAACCCAAUACCUUUGAGCAUGUACCUGUUACACGAUACAAAUUAUAUAAUAAUAAAUUUGGAUAAAACGAUUCAUUAAUAUGGUUAGUGAGUAAAAAUCGCGUACUAGAUAUAGGUAAAGUUAAUAUAGAUAUAUGUUAAUUUUAUAUGUUGAUAUGUGAUUAUCGCAUUAAGUUUGCGGGCGCCCUAAUCGUUUUAUCCAAAGUCUUUAAUGUACUAACUUGCACCUUUAUUCUAACAAGCAUUUAUCGCUUAGUUGAUUGAUUUUGAACAAUCUAACUUCCAGUUGAGUCGACAUUCCGUCUGCGAUCCGUCAAUGAAUUAGCAACGAACAUAUUUCACCAUAGCUAGCCAAUAACGAUUUUUUUUAUUUCGACGCUUUUUUUUUAGAGAAUUGGCGCCAAAAUAAUUUCUGACCGAGUUCUGAAUCUGACACUUGAAGUCAACUGUUUUUUAUUUUUAUUUAUAGAAUAAAUUAUUUUUUUAUCUUUAUCUUAUUUCACUAUAGUUAUAUUAUUUAUUCAUUAUUUACUGGAUCAAAUGUUUUUUUUGUUGAUAGAUAUUGGCUUAGAAUGGAGGUGGUGCGUUGCUAAUUAAAUGACGCAAUAACGCAGAUUAUAUAUGUGGUCUGUCUGUGGAUUUUUUCUUCAUGUCAUUCGUGGUCCAGUACCUAUCUUCAGCCAUCACGUCCUUUAUGUUUUUGUACUGCAGCCAAUUGUAUUGACACAUAUUGUCAUCUCUUACGUUUCCUUUGAAUGGACGGAGACAACGUGUGUCAAUACAGUUACUGCAGUAGAAACAUACGUUUGACUUAAUGUACUCAUAUUUCUAUUGUAUUAUCUUGCUCGUAAGUAUCACUUAAUUAUGUAUUUAAAAUUAUAAAUAUGUAUAGAACUGCGGUACAAUAAAUAUGAAAUUUCUAUUUGAUGCUUUAAUAUUCGUAAGUCCAUAACAAUAAUUGUUAUUUAAAUUUUAUUUAACAUUAAUGUGGGUUUUUUAAUUACGAAAUUUUCAUGUAAAUGUAUCGUUCCGUACGAUGAAUAAAGACACAUUUUUUAUUCGUUGUAGGGGAUAUCAUUUAAUGUUUUCGACAGUGAAAACCAAUGUUUAAAACAUAAAUAUAAGAAAUGUUUUACAUCCAUGUUCCCAUUUUGUUGUAAGCAAAAUGUAUCAAAGCAUAUAAAUAUUGUAGACUAACAUAAAAUUACGAAUUUUUGUUU